UCACUCUCUUGUGUCCUCACUUCAGCCCACUGUCUGCAUGUGACCUCCAUACAACAAGCAAGUUUAAAAUUAUUUUCAGACUAAAUUAAUUUUAUAUUAUUUUGUGUUUUACAACCAACAGCAACUUAACUGAACAGACCAUAUACAUUACUUUAAGGGAAGAACAAAAAAUUCAAACUGUUUUAAUUUGGAACAUUAUGUAUUAAUAAAAUAUGAAAUUUUAUAAUUUGAAUGAGAACUUUCUACAUAACUGACAGACAGGUGAUAGGUGCCAGUACCACAUUACAAGUUCAGUGGCUCAAUAUGGACGUGACAAUAUGAGUUGACGACAAUUAUCCUAUGUGGCAACAUUACGCAUAAUUGGUUAAGAGGAACGCUCUAUUAAAUGCUAAUGAAGCUAACAACUACUUGAAAGUCUGCCUACAAUCUACAAGGCAGUGUCAGAGUGACAGAUGUGCUGUAAGGAGUGUUGUGUAUCCGUGGGUCAGUAAUCUUAGCAAUAUAUUUUCACACCUUUGCAUCAUUUUUUUCAUUUAUAUUUUUUUAAUCAAGCCAUUAAAUUUAGUUUUUUCCUAAAAAAGUCCAAAUUAUUGAAAACAUCUAUUUGAGAUAGUCAAAAUGAUCUUACCUCAACUCCAACGAUGCUGCUGUUACUUUUCUUUGGCAACGGGCACUUGGAUUAUUGGGUGGUGGAAUCUGGUUCACUGUAUAUUGGUUAUGUUCACAAACUGUAUGAUUUUAAGCAAGCUACACUUUGAAGAUGGAGGCGAUUUAAUCCAUGCAGAACAUAUGCUUAAAAUGACAAUAAUUGUUAAAUUGUUCCAAUCGUUAUUUACCCUUCUGCUUCUUGUUGGAUCUUAUAAGGGACACAGGAUGCUCAUUUUCUGCUGGAUUAUAGCUAAUUCCACGUUCACACUGAUCAGUAUAGUACUUUACUUCAUGAUGAUAACUUCUGUUCUAUUCAAAGAGGAGAUCAUUUUUUCAAUGCUGUCAGUUUUUGACAUAUACUGCAUAGUAGUAGUAAUUUGCUACUAUAGAGAAGUUCAUACCACUUGCUAGAUGCCCAAAAAAAUGUAUUAUUUGAUAAUAAAUAUAUAUUUUUUAACUAAA